GUACAGUUCAACUACAUCAUUACUCUCGGAAUAUUUUAGUUUUAGUGAUAACGUUCUUUCUGUGCACGUCAAAUAAUGGUGGACACGAAACAGUUUUGAAGGAAGGCUGUCGGCGCUGAAAAGUGAUCGCAAAGAAUUCUGGGAUUUGUAGUUUGCACUAGCCGCCCCUUUGUGGCUUCAUGUUAGCGUAAGCAGGCAGAAGAACUUGGUCUCCCAGCAGCCAGCGCUCACCGAGCAUUGCAGCGGCUAUCGCCGAGUCAACCAGUAUGUUGGUGAAAGGCUUGAAUGUCACGGGCACAUUUUAAUAUAUCGCAAUAGGAUGCGCGGAAGAAGUGUCUAGAAGUGAUGUUUGGCCGUUCGAGGAGUUGGGUCGGCGGGAGCUCUGGGAAGUCCCCCAAAAACAUUCAUUCCUUAGAGCAUCUGAAGUACAUGUACCAUGUCUUAACGAAGAACACAACUGUGACAGAUAGUAAUCGUAAUCUGCUGGUGGAGACAAUUCGAUCUAUUACAGAAAUCCUCAUCUGGGGAGAUCAAAAUGACAGCUCAGUAUUUGACUUUUUCUUGGAGAAAAACAUGUUUGUUUUCUUCUUAAAUAUCUUGCGCCAGAAAUCCGGUCGCUAUGUGUGUGUGCAGCUGCUUCAGACGAUCAAUAUCCUGUUUGAAAAUAUUAGUCAUGAAACCUCACUGUAUUACCUGCUGUCUAAUAACCAUGUGAACUCAAUUAUUGUGCACAAGUUUGACUUCUCUGAUGAGGAAAUCAUGGCAUAUUAUAUUUCCUUUUUGAAAACACUUUCUCUUAAACUCAACAAUCAUACUGUGCAUUUUUUCUACAAUGAGCACACAAAUGACUUCGCCCUGUACACGGAGGCAAUUAAAUUUUUCAACCACCCGGAGAGCAUGGUCAGAAUUGCUGUAAGAACAAUCACCCUUAAUGUGUAUAAAGUGGAUAACCAGCUAAUGUUGCACUACAUUAGGGACAAAACAGCAGUUCCGUAUUUUUCCAAUUUGGUUUGGUUCAUUGGAAGCCAUGUGAUUGAAUUGGACAACUGUGUGCAAACAGAUGAAGAGCAUCGGAAUAGAGGGAAACUGAGUGACCUGGUAGCUGAACAUUUGGACCACCUGCAUUACCUGAAUGAUAUCCUGAUCAUUAACUGUGAAUUCCUGAAUGAUGUACUAACAGACCAUCUAUUAAACAGACUUUUUCUGCCAUUAUACGUCUACUCUUUGGUGACUCAAGAACAGUGUGGUGAUCGUCCAAAGAUCAGCCGUCAGGCCUCAUUGUAUCUCCUUUCACAGGUGUUUUUAAUUAUACACUACAGGCCAUUGGUGAAUUCUUUGGCUGAUGUUAUCUUGAAUGGGGACCUUUCAAUGUUCAGCCUUCAUUCAGAGCAGGAUUCAUUGAAGCACUCACUUUUCCCAACUUCACUGACUAUUUCUUCAUCUGAACCAAAGAUGUCCUCAAGCAUUCGAUGUUUCACGAAACCUGUAGAAACGUUGGAACGAUCUUUAGAGAUUAGUCGACACAAGGGAAGAAAGAGAGUGCAAAAGAGACCAAACUAUAAAAAUGUAGGUGAAGAGGAGGAAGAAGAGAAGGGCAUAGAGGAAAAGGAAGAUGACACUGAAAAGCUGAAAGGUACAGACACUAGUGCAAAAGGCAUCAAGACAAGUGGGGAGACUGAAGAAAUUGAAAUGGUUAUUAUGGAGCGAUGCAAGAUAUCUGGCACCCAGCCUUCAGGCUUGACCGAACAAAAUACCACAGAUGAAGAGAAGACUGCAGCAGCUACAAGGACUAACAAUCCAAAGAGAAGGCCUUUUCUAGAUAUGGUGUACAAUGCACUGGAAUGCUUUGAAGAAGACUAUUAUGCACUGUUUGUGCUAUGCCUUCUUUUUGCAAUAUCUCACAACAAAGGUAUUGACCCAGACCUGCUGGAAAAGAUCCAAAUUCCUCCAGAGGAUGCUAAGGAGAAGAGCUCGUAUAGCCAUAUACUAGCAGAAAGACUCAUUAAGAUAAUGAACCAAGCAACACGUUCUGAUGCCAAAAUCCGCCUGGCUACAUUGGAGCUUGCUUGCCUCUUACUGAAACAACUUGUGUUAUCAGAUGGCACCUGUAUUAUUAAAGAUGUGCAUCUUGCCUGUCAUGAGGGUGCAAGGGAAGAAAGUGUCCACUUACUGCGGCGUUUCUAUAAAGGAGAAGAAAUCUUUCUCGAUAUGUUUGAGGAUGAAUAUAGAGUCAUGAUGAGUAAACCCCUGAAUGUUGAGUACUUGAUGAUGGAUGCAUCUAUUCUGUUACCUCCUACUGGGACCCCACUAACUGGUAUAGACUUUGUGAAGAGAUUGCCUUGUGGCGAUGUAGAAAGAACGAGACGGGCUAUUCGGGUUUUCUUUAUGCUUCGUUCUCUAUCCCUGCAACUACAAGGGGAGCCAGAGACACAACUACCACUAACACGGGAGGAGGAUUUGAUUAAAACAGAUGAUGUAUUGGAUCUCAAUAAUAGUGAUCUAAUUGCUUGCACUGUAGUUACGAAAGACGGCAAUCUAGUACAUCGCUUUCUGGCUGUCGAUGUUUAUCAAAUGAGCUUGGUGGAACCUGACAGCAAACGGCUUGGAUGGGGCGUGGUAAAAUUUGCAGGUCUACUUCAGGAUAUGCAGGUGAUGGGAGUUGAAGAUGAUAGCAGGGCUUUAAACAUAAUCAUCCACAAGCCUGCAUCCAACCCUCAUGCUAGGCCCUUCCCUAUUCUUCAGGCAACCUUCAUCUUUGCUGAUCAUAUCCGCUGUAUCAUUGCAAAGCAGCGAUUAGCAAAAGGUCGCAUUCAAGCACGACGUAUGAAGAUGCAACGAAUCGCAGUACUUUUGGAUCUUCCUGUGCAAACAUCCUCAGAGGUUAUGGGUUUUGGACAUGGGUCUCCCUCUUCAGCUCAUCACCUUCCUUUUAGAUUCUAUGAUCAGUCUCGCCGAGGUAUCAGUGAUCCUACAGUUCAACGUUCAGUGUUUGCAUCUGUUGAUAAGGUUCCAGGGUUUGCAGUGGCACAGCACGUAAACCAGCAGAGUCCUUCUCCAGCAUCAUCUCCUUCCCCACCCUCCAGUGGUACUGUCUCAACAAGCACCGGUUACAGUGAUACCAUCACAACUAGUGUAGGUUCCACCCCUUCAGCAACUCAGAGUCCCACAGAUGGACCUGAACUUCAAGAGCAGUCUCAUUUGACUUUUCCAGACCAAGUGGAAUUUGUCAAUGAAACCUAUUCUUCACCUCCUACAGCAGAGGGUGGCACAAGUUGUCACUCUUUGCCCGGCAGUACUGAACAUGAAGCAGCUAAUCUGGCACCAAGUCUGAUUCCAGCCCAUCAGCCAACUAUAUCACUUAUUUCUGACGACAAUACAGAUGCAUUGAGUGUGGAAUCACUGACGCUUCUUCCACCAGCUGACGCACAGCACAUCCGGAGUGUGAGCACCUUAACCCAGGCAUCCACAUUAUCUGAGUCAAAUGUGAUUACAGAAAAAGAGGACACUAAAACAAAUCAGGAACCCGAAAGGUCCGAGUCCACACAUUAAAUGCAAUGUAAACUUUGAACCAACUGGUUUUGUACAGUGAAACAGGUCUGAAAAGCAAGAAAAUUAAACUUAUUGUCAAAACACAGCUGAAAAAGGAAAACUAGUAACUCUGUGGGGCCCAAAAAUUGCUUGUAAAUUCCUGUGAUUCUGUGUCUGGGAUCCUUGCACUAGUUAGUAUACAAUUACAGAUUUCCAGCUGAAGGACAUACUCCAUGUACAGCUUUUAAUACAAAGCCCAUAUGCCAGUCAAGCCUAGUCACUGAUUAGAGCUGUGUAGGUUAGUCCUUCAUUCUAUCUGCCAUUUUCAAGGGAUUUCAACAAAACACAUGCAGCUGAGGUGUGGAUUUUUUCAGCUAUGAACAUUAUAUUACUAAUUUCACCCAAAUGAAUUCCUAGCAGGGCUAACUGAAGCAUUUUUAUGAAACUGCAAGUUGCAAAUUUAUCUUUAUUUUACCCUGAUAUAAAAUUCACUGAUUGUUAAAAGAGCAUUAAUUAAAACACGACAAACAUCCAGCACAACUACUUAAAAAUAGAUGCACCAAAUAAGUCAAUCUGCAUUGUAAUUAACCUGAAUAGAUCUCAAACCAGUUUUAUUGAUUGCACUUGCAUAUUUGCAUAGUGUUUGUUUUUAUUGCAGUGUUUAAAAUGUAUAUGUUUAAUAAGUUUCAUGGUAAAAAGAAUUUUAUAAAACUAAAUAUGUAAAGUACAAAUUACUUCCACAAGAUGCAGGACUGGCUAGUUAUUUAUUUAAUUAAACCAGGAACAUGCUCUUACACUUAAUUAAUAUGUAAAUAUUGGGAAUUGCAAAAGAAAGACAUUUAAGCCACGGGGCAACACUAGUACAUAAUCUGUUCCUGCAGCAUUUAUUUAUUAAUUACAACACCUGAUAACACAGAGUGGGGAACACCACAAGUUGAAGCCUUGGUGUCUUAGUGAAGGAAAAUUAGAGGGUUACUACCUUCUGGUUUGUAUUUGGCACCAUCAGACAUUUUGCAUUUGUUUUUAAACCCAUGCGGGUUUCUUAACUUGAAAGUGGAUGUGCUGGGAAAUAUUUAUUGCUGCAAUUAAUGCCAUCCAAACCACUUACGUAGCAACACCGGAAAAUUAUGGUUUGUAAUUUGAGCUGUUUCAGAGCUCCUCAGAAACUUUGAUUUUGGAGUCAUUUAUAACAUGUAUCGAUAUUUAACCUGGCUAUAUUUAGUUUGUCACAAAUCCGUACAGUUUACAAAUGGACAAAAUUCAUUCAUCCUGCUGGCAACCACUUGGCUUCUGCGCGGCUUCUCAAGUAAGAUCUGCUCCAUUUGUAUUUCAACAUUGAUCCAGAUGAGGAAAAGUAAUUAUAAAGUUAGCUAUAAAAUUAUUAGUUUUUUUUUGCUUAGGUCUGAGAAUAUUUCAUUAUUUACUAUGUUGAUGUAACAAAACCAAAGAGAGAUUUAAAAUGUCUGAAACAAUUCUUGGUUACAGUAGAUGGAACACAAUGUCAAAAUUGGAACAAAAUUAAUUUCAAAUAUAGGUAAAAACGAAGUGACCUCCCCACACAUUGAGAAGAUGUGCCUGAUCUUGGGUGUGAAAUCAGGCAAUGCAUACAAUUAAUGACAGUAAGGAAGCAGUUACAUUGUAUGAAAUUGAACAUAAAUUAUUUAUUGUUAUGUUCUGACAUCAGUGUCUAACUGUUUAAGUAAUCUGAUAUAUAAUCUUAAAAAACUCUGCGAUUGGUCUUUAACACCAGUUUUGUUACUCUGUGCAAACACUGAUUGAUAUUUAUUUGUAACAGGCUUUUACACCUCUUGCAGCCACACUAGUUGAUCUUGGCAUCGAGGCAUUAACUAAAUAUGCUAUAUUUUUAAAUGUCAUUCUUUGAAAAGCAUCAGCUUUCAGCUACUGUUGAAUCAACUGUAACAUAAUCUACUCCUACUAAUUAUUAAACCCCUCAGUUUAAUGAUAUAGCUAAGUAUCUAAUGUUGAGAAAGAGGACCAGCUGGUGUUGAUAUUCAAAAUCUACAUUAUUGUUAUCUGCUUAUUUUAACCUAAUAUCUUAUGGAAUCUGGUGUCACAAGUGCAAUCAAUUGAACUAAUUAAUCUAAAACUCUACUCAAAACUAUCAGCUCAAGAAUAAAAGUUUGCAUAGAUGGUAAUUAUUUCAUCACAUAGGUCACUUAAUUUCGUCAUCAUGUUUUGAGGCUGCAGGGUAUCUCAAGUUAUCACUGUGACCUACUGGCCCUAAAUAAUUUCAUUGCAAGGCCUCGACAAUAAUCCACAAUACAAAAGUCUUCUACAAGUAAAUUCACAUACUUAUAAUUUUGUGCACAAUAUCCAUAGUGGUAUUAUGUUACUUUGGUCCAUUUGACCAUCAUCAGAAGCAAACUAGAACAAGAUAUUAAAGCAACCAUACCUUGUUGGGUAUCACCUGCCAUACUAAUACUAUACAUUCAUACAGGCCUGAGCUGAGAUGGAAGUAUGUCUUGAUUUCAUCAUAAACUGUCAUAUACAUUAAUAAACUAUUUCUUUCCAUUAUAAAAAUGCUUUUUUAAUUAUAUAAUACUCUUAAGGAAGACAGAUAACAGAGACCAAGGCCUAUCUAAAUAUUCAGCCAAAAAGAAAAUCAUAUUGUCACUAUGAUAAUGAUUGUGUGUUUCACUUAGUUUAAAAAAAAGAGGGACCAAGUAUCAGGCAUGUGACAAGUAAAACAAAUACUUUUCUCUCUAAGUUACCUGACCAUAGAAGCUAUUGAUAUAUUAACAAUCUCGCAGAAUUUCCAAGUGCCCAUUAAAUUUUGUUCCUGCAAUUCCUGGUCCGCUACUGGAAUAAAAGUGCUUUAACCAGUAAUAGACUUUUUAUUGACAUGUCCUAGGGAUAUUGCACAUCAUUUGAAAGUUUUAAUGUGACUAUUAAUUUCUAAUUGCUGAUGACCAAUAGAAGGCUUAAAUUUAUGGAGAAAAAAUCAAUUUAAAACAGCUCUCCUAGAGAAAACUGUGCAGGUAACUGUGUUGUAUAAAUGUACUGCUUUGGUUUUCUUGCAAUUAUUCGCUUGAGUUUUUGGUGCAGUCUAUUGAUUUUGUAGGACAAAGUUAAUCUCAAUUUUAUCUGUCUCAUCAAGUAGUUUAUCUGUUGGUGUUAACUAUUACAUUGCAGCAUUUGAAUUUAACUGACCAUUAGUCUUAAUAUUCACAGAAGGCCGGGCUGGAUAUGUGAAGUUGUAACGUUUUUCUACUGAUUUAAAAAAAUAGUGCAUUUACCUGCUGGGAGAAUAUUGAUCUUUGUAUCAAUACAAUCAAUUUCAGAGGUUGGUGUAUGUCAUGUUCAUUCACGAAGAUUUUCCUAACCUCAGUGUCCUUGCAAAAAUUAGUGUGUGCUGAAGUUGCAACAGCAGAUGUGAACUUAAAAUGAUUUGUAUCCUUUGCCACAGUGACUUGUGCUGUUUAAUAAACAGUGCAAAAGCAAUGAACAAUGUACUUCUAAUUCGCUGCGAAGGAUGUAUUAGUACAAUAUAUGGACUUAAUGUACGGAACAUAUUUUCUCAGCUCAGUGAGUUUUGUAUGAUAGAUUAAAACAAAAUUGUAAAUGAAACAUUGUGUGUCAAUUGUGUGUUUAAAAAAAACUCAACUUUCUUUACUUCAGACUAAGCAAUACUAAGAUUAUCUCCAUUAAUGCUUUUCUGGCCCCCAUAUUAGUUCUGGUGCAAUAUUUCAAGCUUGUUGUCAAAACAGCAUAGCCGGGAAGUGUAAAGCAAACUGUAAAUCAUAUCUAAAUUGGAAAAUGUGUGUUCGGUUUUAACUAGGAAAACUGCUCUGUAUUGCACAUGUGGAAACUUUUGUUUUCAUUAUGAAGGUUCCUUUGAGAUUUCUGCUUUUUUUUUGCACUAUGAGCUCAGGUAGUACAGGUAAGGGUCAUGUAACCUGGGUAUUUCACAAUGUUCCAAAGGGCAGACCAGGAAAACACACAAUGUAACUUGUCUGU